AUGGAGCAGGCAGCCACACCUGGGGGCCUAGGGCUCCCUUGUAGCCCCAAGCAGGCUUUGGCCCUGUACCAGCACCUCUUCAGAUGCCCUGCGGACCUGGGCCAGCUCCAGGCUGCCCUGCAGCAGGUUCAAGAGAGCUGGGCCUGUCCCUUGGGACUGGAGCUGCCCGCUGUGUUGCUGGAGAUGGAGCGGAACCGGAGGGCCCAGGAACAGCUCCUGUGGGACUUGGAGCUGCUGGCUGGGGCAGGGCUGGGCCUCCUCUGGCCCCCCCGGGCCCGGUUCCACAGGCUGAGGGACCAGGCCCAGUGUGCAUGGAGCCAGCACGGCAAGCCCCAGGGUAGGAGGGGUAAGCGCCCUGAGCAGCUGACCAAUUGGAAUGUCUGGGAGGGGCUGGAACAGGACAGAGUUCCCGACAUUGGUCUUUCUCUCUCAGGUUGCCUGCGAGAACUGAACCCCACCACCAGCAGUAGCUUUGGGGACCGAGGAAGUUCUGAGUUGGAGAGCCUGGCCCAGAGGGGAGAGAGGAGACCCGCAGGACCCACAACCCAGAGGCCCUGUGGACUGCCAUCCACGAAGGCAUGCCGAAGAAAGCUCACUCAGGGAGCCCCAAGGCUCCCAGGCCUGCCCUCCCAGGGCCUUCCAAAACCCCAAGUUCCCCUGGAGGGGCUGGGCUGGAGCCUGGACCCAGAGAGAGCAGAACUUCAGAAACUGCUGGGAAUUGAGAUUCCUCUGAGGCAGAGAGAGGGGGACCCCCAGGAGCAGAAAGAAAGCCCCCAGGGUCAGAAAGGGGGAGCCCCCCAGGGGGAGAACAAAGAAGUUCCUGAGAGACCCAAAGAGAAGACACAACAGGGUCAGAGUGGGGAGGCCCCUGGGGCUCUGAGGGAGGAGGUCUCUGAGUAUCCCAGGUGUGAGGAUUCCCAGAGUGAGAGGACAGAGUCUCCUCAAGGUCAGAGAGGAAAUGGCCCUCAGUGCCAGAGAGAGAAGGCUCUCCAGGAGUCAAGUGUGGGGACUGCACCUCAGGGCCCGGAAGUGAAGACCCUUCGAACUUCCCCAGCCCCGAACUGGGAGGUGGCUGAGGGAGAGGUGCCUACACAGCCCCCGGAGGAAGGCGGCGCCCUGGGAACGUAUAGGGAUUUCUGCGGGUCCCUGGGAGAACAGAUGCCAAAGCCCAGGAGUAGGGAGAGCCCUGGCUCCGGGGAAAGGACCAGCCAGCGGCGGGAGUCGGCACUGGGUGCGGGAGAGCAGAGCGCCGCCGGCGAGCGGGUUCGGACUCCCCUUCCACCCCCUUGGCCCCCGACCCCGCCGCUUCUCCCAAGCCCAGGGGCCGAGACGCCAUCGGCCCCAAGCACUGGGGGCUCGGGGCAGCAGGAGCGCCCCGCAGCUCCCCCCGAACCCCCAGGGCUGCUGCGCGACCCGCACGGGCUUCAGGAGCCGGAAGCAAGCCCCGGCUCGGCGGAGCCGAUGCUGGACGCUGUCGGGGAGCCGAGGGGCAACGCGGAGGAUCGCGAGCAGCGGCGGCUCCGGGUCUUGGAAUGCCUCCGCAUCGCCACGAACCGCCACUGCCGGGUGCACCCUCUGGGGCCCCCACCCAAUCCAGCUCAGCUCCCGCCACAGGAGGACGCGGCGGGGCGGCGGCAGGCCCUGCGGCAGCAGCUGCAACAAGUACACCAGGAGAGGACCUGGAGGCUGCGUGCCCUCGGAGCCAGGAACACCCAGAACUUCCAGCAGCUACUGUGGCCUCCUCGCUCUGAGGUCCCUUUGCCAGGAGAGGAAUCCUCGCCCUUCCCAGCCCCCUCUAGUCAUUGCUGAAUCCUCAAAGGGAUGAUUAAAGAGAUGGCGAUGAAAGAAAAACCAAGUGCAGGUUAGAGGUAGUUCCAAGAAAGGCCCAGAACGCUGUCUUGGGGCCUGGGAGGGCCAGAAACACACACACAGCAGUUCAGUCCCACCAGGAGGCAGUGUUAUUUCUUCUUCCCUCCGGAACUCCACUGCCAGGCCAAGGUCAGAGAGCCAGAUCUCGGGGGUCAAGCAGUGCGAAGGCCCCAUUCUUUCGGAAGAACGAUUCCACACGGCACGUCUUACAGGAGACCAAUUCCUGCUUCACCGGGGGGCCUGGGAAAAGAUGUCAGAGGCCAGGAAUGGGUCCUGGGAAAGGGAACUUGGCCGGAGCAUGGGAUCCCUGCCUUGGGAGCCCUAGGAAUCUGCCUGUAUUGUAUCUACUUUGUAUCCUUUAUGAAGGAAUAAAAAGUGCAUCUGA